CACUCCUCCCCAUCUUCCCUUCCCUUCCCUUCCCCCCCACCGUACCUCUUCUUCUCGGCCUCACAACCAAAGAUCUCCCCAAAAUCUCCCGAUUCCCCCCUCCCUCCCCCUCCGCCCGCCGGCCGCGGCGCAGCGCAGCCGCCAUUCCCCCUCCCCGGCCCGGCCGCGCCGCGUUGAUUCGUGGUUGUUGGGGCAGUCGGUCGCUCCGUUCCUGGCUCUUCUUGCCUGCCCUGCCCUGUGCCCACGAGGUGCCGUUCCUGGUCUCCCCUGUCCCCCCACCCCGCGGCCCUUACCGGAUCUCGUGGUGAAGCCAGCCCAGCCGAGGGAGGGAGGGAGGGAGGGACGGAGACGGCCGAGCUCCGGCCGGGAUUCGGAGCCGGCGCCGCUCGCCAUUUGGUCUGAUUCCGAGGAGCGACGCCAUGCCCGGCUGCUCCUCGGAUUGAUCCUCGGCGCCGGUGCUCCCUCCCGGCUCUCCUCGCCUUCUUGUCCAGCUUCAGCCCGCGAGCCUCCGGAUCGAAAGAUCCAAUUCGCGGGGCAUUUUCCCGUCCUCCUCCCCAAUUCCUCCGCAGGACUGUCCCUGUCUGCCAAUCGCUCUCAAUCCCAUCCUCUUUAAAAAUUUGCUCUUUCUCUCUCCCCCCUCUCCCACCAAGAUCCAAUCCCCACCGCCGCCCGCAUUCCGCGCUUCUCCCGCCCUCCCGCGGUCGCCGGCGAUGACGUCGCCGGUGACGACGCACGCCUCGCCCUUCCUGCUCGCCCUGCUCCUGCUCCUCUCCAUCCCGGUCGUCUUCCUCCUUGGGCCGCGCCUCCUCCCGCCCAAGACGCUCCCCGCCAUCCCGGACGCCGACGAGUCCGACGACCUCGCCCUCUUCCGCCGCGCCAUCCUCUCCUCUUCCUCCGCCAAGCCGGCCACCACCUCCUACUUCUUCCACCGCCGCCCUCGGCCCAAAGUCGCCUUCCUCUUCCUCACCAACUCCGACAUCGUCUUCUCGCCGCUCUGGGAGAAGUACUUCCAUGGCCACCGCAAGCUGUUCAAUCUGUAUGUCCACGCCGAUCCCUACUCCGUCCUAGAGCUGCCCCCCACGCCCACCUUCCGCGGCCGCUUCGUGCCAGCCAAGGCCACGCAGCGAGCCUCCCCCACGCUCAUCUCUGCCGCCCGCCGCCUCCUCGCCACCGCACUCCUGGACGACCCGUCCAACCAGUUCUUUGCGCUGCUGUCCCAGUCCUGCAUCCCGCUGCACCCGUUCCCCACCAUGUACAAGACACUCCUCUCCGACAAUGCUGGCCCUCACGGCCACCACCGCAGCUUCAUAGAGAUUACGGACAACACCUCCAUCCUUCAUGAUAGGUACUAUGCCCGCGGUGAUGCUGUGAUGUUGCCAGAGGUGCCGUAUGACCAGUUUCGUGCUGGAUCGCAGUUCUUUGUGCUCACUAGGAGGCAUGCCAUCAUGGUUGUGAGGGACAUGCGGCUCUGGAAGAAGUUUAAGCUGCCUUGUCUGGUCGAGCGCAAUUACUCGUGCUAUCCGGAGGAGCACUACUUCCCCACAUUGCUGGAUAUGCAGGACCCUGCUGGAUGCACCAAGUAUAGCCUCACGAGGGUGAACUGGACAGAUCAAGUCGAGGGCCACCCACACACGUAUCACCCUGGGGAGGUGUCGGCCAACUUGAUCAGGGAGCUGAGGAAGUCGAAUGCGAAAUACUCAUACAUGUUUGCACGGAAAUUUGCCCCGGAGUGCCUCGAGCCGCUGAUGGAGAUUGCGGACUCAGUCAUCCUACGUGACUAGGCCAGCAGCACCUCACAUUUGGGGUUGUCGGAUAAACUGAGAUGAUGAGGGUUGUGAUGCGAUGAACAGGCACGAGCUAGUCCAUCUAUCCCUAGAGAUCUUUCUUGAGGAAUUCCCAUCCUUGCUCUUCCAUGAUUGAAAGAUUUUCUGGUAAUAGACGGUGCUGGUCGGUGAGUAUGGUAUGGCAACUAAUUGUUCUAUGUGAGUAUGCUGUUUGAACACGACCGCUUCUUGGCAAGUAACAUAUCAGUAGCUAGGAUGAUCAUCCUAUGUAUUACAUGGACUUAGAGGGACUAUGUCAAUACAUCCAGCGGCGGCUUUUGUAGUUUUUAUUGCAUGUAUAUAAUAUGUCACGCCUGUUGUGAAUACUGUA